AUGUCCGUAUCAGCCUCGAUUCCCGACACCUCGCUUGGCCUCACCUCCUCCGAGAUCCAGAUCCUCCGACAACAGCAACAGAUUGCGCUCCAGGGUGGCCAUGCCGCCAGCGGGGUUUCCAGGGGCAGAGGAACGGGUCGAAGCAGCAACUCGAGUUCGCGUGCCGCCAGUGCCGCCAGCAGUCACGGCCGAUUGUUGCUGGAUCCGAUGAGUCUGCGAGCGCUAUCUCAUCAGUUGGAUGCGUUACAGGAACAAAUUCGGAGUCGCAUCGACUAUCUGGAAGAACAAAUGCAGCUUUCUAUUCAAAAUACCUACGACCGUGCAGGGAAUGUUAUUCUCAAUGCCGAUGCCGAGAUUGCUCGUACGCGUUCAAUUUUGGCCUCAAUUGAUGAACUGGAGAAUGAAAUGGCGAAAAUUGGACAUAUCAGAGAAAUUGUGAAAGCCUACCGCGGCCGAAUUGAAGGGCUCGACCAGCGUCUCGACCAGGCCGCCCGCAGGAGACGUUGA